GUCAAACGGGACUUGAAGCACAAGAUUUUGUGUAGAAAGCAUAAUUUAAAAGAAAACACCGAAUCUAUUAACGUGGCAUACCCCUUAGCUUAGGCCGGAAGUAGAAUCGUCCUUUACCUAACACGGUACGACUUGUCGUGUUGCAGUACAGAGGUUUCUCUCAACAUCUUGGAAACUCAAGCUGGAAAUUUACUAUUUCUGGCUUGAAUUUCGAUUAUUACUUAAGAGUCCAUCAAUAAUUUAAAUUAAUAAAUGAACUGGAGGUUUUAAUCACCACGGAAAGUGCAUGGUCCUGUCGUGAUUAGUGUUUCGUGGAUAAUUUUCUCUAUCGUGGUGACAACAUGGAAGAUGCACACACUAAAACGGUAGAAGAAGUGCUAGAAUAUUUUAAAGUUGAUGAAGAGACUGGAUUAACCGAUGAACAAGCUAAAAAGGGGCUUGAAAAAUAUGGACCAAAUGCCUUACCAGCUGAAGAGGGUAAACCUUUGUGGGAACUGAUAUUGGAACAGUUUGAUGAUCUCCUGGUCAAAAUUCUUCUCCUGGCUGCCAUUAUCUCCUUUGUUUUAGCCUGGUUUGAAGAAAGUGAAGAUCAAGUAACAGCUUUUGUAGAACCUUUUGUGAUCCUGACUAUUCUUAUAUGUAAUGCUGUAGUAGGAGUCUGGCAGGAAAGAAAUGCUGAGAGUGCUAUUGAAGCCCUGAAGGAAUAUGAGCCAGAAAUAGCUAAAGUGAUCAGAAAAAGUCACAGAGGUGUUCAGAGAAUCAAGGCAGUUAAUUUAGUACCAGGAGAUAUCUGUGAAAUCUCAGUUGGAGAUAAAGUUCCAGCAGACAUAAGGAUUUCCACCAUUCAUUCCACAACGCUGCGCGUAGAUCAGUCUAUUCUAACUGGUGAAAGUGUUAGUGUUAUAAAACACACAGACCCCAUUCCUGAUGUGCGCGCCGUGAACCAGGACAAGAAAAACAUACUAUUUUCUGGAACAAAUAUCUCAGCAGGAAAAUGCCGAGGUAUCGUCAUAGGAACUGGAUUGAACACAGAAAUUGGAAAGAUUCGGGAUGAAAUGAUGGACACCGAGACAGAAAAGACACCAUUGCAACAGAAACUGGACGAAUUCAGCCAGCAACUCUCAAAGGUGAUCACAGUUAUUUGUGUGGCUGUAUGGGCUAUUAACAUCGGCCAUUUUAACGAUCCCGCCCAUGGUGGAUCAUGGAUCAAGGGAGCCAUCUACUACUUCAAGAUUGCCGUCGCUUUGGCUGUGGCUGCCAUCCCGGAGGGUCUACCAGCUGUCAUCACCACUUGUCUGGCUCUGGGAACCAGGAGAAUGGCUAAGAAGAAUGCUAUUGUCAGAAGCUUGCCUUCUGUGGAGACCUUAGGUUGUACCUCUAUUAUCUGCUCAGAUAAGACAGGCACACUGACGACUAACCAGAUGUCUGUCUGUAGAAUGUUCUUGUUUAAUAAGAUUGAGGGAAAUGAUAUCAAGACUGACCAGUUUGAAAUCACUGGAUCCACCUAUUCACCAGAUGGAGACUUAUAUGUGGGCAGUAAGAAAGUGAAAGCGUCUGAAUACCCAGGACUGGAGGAAAUGGCCACAAUUUGUGUGAUGUGUAACGAUUCCAGCGUGGACUAUAAUGAGGCUAAGGAUACAUAUGAAAAGGUAGGGGAGGCAACUGAGACAGCCUUGAUUGUUCUGGCGGAGAAGAUGAACUACUACAACACAGACAAAAGCAACCUGAACAAACGAGAGAAAGGAACUGCCGCUGCCCACGUCAUCCAGCAGAUGUGGAAGAAAGAGUUCACACUGGAGUUCUCCCGUGACAGGAAAUCCAUGAGUGUGUACUGCUCGCCAAACAAACCCUCCAAAGCAGGAGGGGCCAAGAUGUUCUGUAAGGGUGCCCCAGAAGGUCUGUUAGACAGAUGUACUCAUGUUCGAGUCCAAGGAAACAAAAUCCCAAUGUCACCUGCUAUCAAAAAUGAAAUCAUGAAACAUGUGAAAUCCUAUGGAACUGGUCGUGACACCCUGAGAUGUCUUGCCUUGGCCACCAUUGAUAACCCACCCAGGAGAGAGGAUAUGGACUUAGAAGACUCUAGAAAAUUCAUCCAAUAUGAGACUAACAUGACAUUUGUUGGAGUGGUAGGAAUGUUGGAUCCACCCCGUAAAGAGGUUAUGUCCUCCAUCAAGGAAUGUAGAGAGGCUGGUAUCAGAGUCAUUGUCAUCACGGGAGACAACAAGGCUACUGCAGAAGCAAUCUGUAGGAGAAUCGGUGUAUUUGGAGAAAAUGAAUCCACUGAGGGCUUAUCCUAUACUGGUCGUGAAUUUGAUGACCUUUCUCAUGAGGAGCAGAGGGCAGCUUGUAUGAGAGCUAGACUAUUUGCGAGAGUGGAACCCACACAUAAGAGCAAAAUCGUAGAGCACCUGCAGGCCGAGGGAGAAGUCUCUGCCAUGACUGGUGAUGGUGUAAAUGAUGCCCCUGCCCUGAAGAAAGCUGAGAUUGGUAUUGCUAUGGGCUCUGGAACUGCUGUGGCAAAGUCUGCUUCAGAAAUGGUGUUGGCUGAUGACAACUUUGCCACCAUUGUAUCAGCGGUCGAAGAAGGUCGUGCUAUCUACAACAAUAUGAAACAAUUUAUUAGAUACCUGAUCUCGUCAAACAUUGGAGAGGUUGUAUGUAUUUUCUUGACUGCUGCACUGGGAAUCCCUGAGGCUCUGAUCCCUGUACAACUGCUGUGGGUCAACCUGGUCACCGAUGGUUUCCCAGCAACUGCUCUUGGAUUUAACCCACCUGACCUUGACAUCAUGAAGAAACCACCCAGAAACUCCAAGGAAGGCCUGAUCACCGGCUGGCUUUUCUUCAGAUAUAUGGCUAUUGGAAUUUAUGUUGGCUGUGCUACUGUUGGUGCUGCUGCCUGGUGGUUCAUGGUGUACGACCAAGGCCCACAACUCAACUAUUACCAACUUACUCAUCAUAUGCAAUGUCCAGCAGAACCAGGAAUGUUUAAGGGUGUAGACUGUCAUAUAUUCAAUGACCCUCAUCCUAUGACAAUGGCUUUAUCAGUCUUAGUCACAAUAGAAAUGCUGAAUGCUCUCAACAGCUUGAGUGAGAAUCAGUCCCUACUGGUGAUGCCCCCAUGGUCAAACAAAUGGCUUAUUGCAGCCAUCGCUCUCUCCAUGGGCCUCCAUUUCUUCAUCCUGUAUGUGGACUUUAUGGCUAUGCGUUACAUAAUGUCAACCAUUUUCCAGAUUACUCCUUUGAACUUGGCCGAGUGGAUUGCUGUAUUGAAGAUCUCCUUCCCUGUCAUAAUUCUGGAUGAAACUCUCAAGUUUAUUGCCCGCAAAUUCACUGACGACUACCCAAAUUUCUUCUGAACUCGUUCCCCCCAUCUUCGGCUUACAGUAUGACGGAGCCUUUAGUGCCAGAAUAUGCACCAAUCUGGACGCUUUUAGACAUCAUUUGAGUGUUCCGUCCAAAAUUACUCAAUUUUAGUCUGGUAUCUUGCUACGAAGCGAGCUCUCCUAGGCAUGAAGGGCAUACAAAGUAUUGCACGUUAGCAGACUACAGUUGAUAAUCACUGGAUGACGUCAAAAUAAAACAUGGCGGAUAAACAGUUUCUUUCUUAGCGACUGAUAGAGAGUCUGUGAACCGUUUGUAGAAUGACUGUAAAUUUCAGUUGUAAAUGUGUAAUAUUAUUGUUAUUUAUUUAUAACUAUAUGGCAUUAUUUUAUCUGCUUGAAAUAGUUGUAGUAACAAUUUGUAGUCUUGUAUGUUUUAUACUUUUUACAUUAGUAUGCUCAAAUAAUGAAACAGCAUUUGGAGUAGGUGCUUGCAAAUAUCAUGUUAAGAGAGUCUUGCAGUUUUAUGUACAGAUUUAGGUUUUGCAUGGGGGACAAAGUGCUGUUUGCGCAUAUUGUGACGUUUUCUGGAAGUUCAGUGCACCGUUGACUGCAAAAUGUGCAAUGUGACGCUCGAAUGUAGUACAUAACAUUUGUGUUCUCUUAAAUAUGUCGGAAAUCUAAUUUUACGACCCAAUUUUACAGUCCAAAACGUGGAACUAGACCCAUACAAGAAAUAUAGGUAAAGAUCAGGACAGUUUGAAGGAUUGCAACAUUCGGUUUCCGUAGAAAAUCCGCCAUGUUUCAUAGUUAUAAUGUAUAAACAGUUACCUCCCUUCCAUGGAUUGAAAAUCCUGGCGGCAUUAAGGUGAAAUGUCUUGGAAGAGAUCCGACAAUCACUUCGAGCCAGGAAAUUAUUUCGAACACUCUUGAGAAACAGUACCUCUUUCUUCCAUUUCAACGAAGAUGUGUGACGUGUGUGAUUCUGUAGUUUAGACUCCAAAUUGAUAUAUUUUAUGCAAAAGUGUUUUUAUCAUUGAAUGAAUGUUCAGGCAGGUCAAUUGUCAUUGUGAGAGAACUGGUAACAUUAUAGUCGUUGUUUACUUUGUCAACACCACGGAAUGUUGACAAACUAAGUGACUUUCAUUGUGUGAAUGAUGUUAGUUGUUGAACAUUUUUUGAAUAUUUAUCUAUCGUCUCCCAUAACAACUGGCAACUAGUUCUGUAUCCUCAGUGCAGUGUUGUUAACAACUAGUUGUAACUCGAUGUAAUUGACAAGGCCGAAUUGACAUCCGAUUUGUUGUUUUGAGAGAUAGCAUGUGCGGAUUCAUGUGGUCAAGUAUAAAACUCUCAACAGGAAGUUUGGCAAUCGUAUACACUAUCGAAAACUUUUGUGUAUACCAGUAGAAACAUUCCAGAAAUUUAGAAAAUCUGCGACAGAUCUAGGAAAUAAUUAUUUUAUCGAGAAACUAAAGGCAGUUUGACACUGGAAUUCAAACAGUUAAAAGAAAACUGAAACAGUUUAUUCAUCGCUAUUGUGCUGUUCAUACCACUGAAAUCCCUGUUUGAUCCAAUCCCCAUUACCUCAAGCAUUGCCAUGAGUAGCCCUCCUCGUCACCGAUCACGAGGUUAUCAUGUGAUCACAAUGAAAUCCUGAAGAAGAGUGAGCUGCUAUAAAGAGUCGAACGUGUAUUGUGGUUAAUUAGUGUUGUUUGACUGGUGUAAUUGACUCCUUAAAAUGGCAGCAUUUCCCAAGGACUGCCAGUUUCCCGUAGAAAUAAAUUUACUAUUUUGUUUGUA